AUGUCCACGCGCGGCUGCCCGUCAUCGUCUGCGGGCACUUCCACGCGAUCCCCGCUGGUGACCUGGGGAUGCGUCGGCGCGCGCGGCCGGCAGCGCGGGCCCGCGCUCAUGGCCGCGCGCUGCCCGCCGUCACCGCCCCUGCCGCUCGGCCUGGCCCCCCUCCGCCGCGCCACCCGCCGAUCGGCGCCCGCCAUCAUCCGGCCGUGCGCCCAGCGCGCUCGACGCGGGGCAAUGCCGGUCACUGCGCGGGCAUCCCGGCGGCCCGGCAUCUUCCCCGCCGGCGGGCAGCAGGCCAGGGUCAGGCUCCCCGCCCUCUACCUGCGCGUCUCGGCGGCCCAGAUUUUGAAUGACGAGACCGGGGACGAUUAUCUGGCGCUUGUGAGCUCGGCCAUCGCCGGCGGCGCCACGGGCGUCGUGCUCGGCGACGACGGCCCGGCGGACAACGGCGGCGCGUCGGCGGGCGGGGGGGAGAUCUAUAGGGCGGCGGUGGCGCUGAAGGACGCCAUGCGCGGGCGGGCCACGCUGCUGAUCGUGGAUCGCCCCGACCUGGCGCAGGCGGUGUCCGCCGACGGGGUGCUGCUGACGCCUCGAGGCGUGCCGCUGGCGGUGGCGCGCAAGGCGCUCAAGGGCGGCGCAGUGCUGGUGGGGCGGACGGCGGCGUCGGCGAGGGAGGCGGCGGCGGCGGCCGCAGACGGUGCGAGCUUCGUGGUGUACGGCAGGGCGGGGGGCGAAGUGCCCAAGAUGGACGAAUUGCAAAAGUGCAAAACGGAGCAAAGGGGCGGCACCAUCCCUGUUGUUGCAGAGAUCGAAAAUGUAGUUCCGUCAAGCCUAAAGGAUAUUCGAAACCUGCUUGACAAGGGCAUGGACGGCAUCAUCUUGGAUGCUGCAAAGUUGGGUCUGGUGGCUUCGUCAUGCGGCACCGCCGCUGGAGCUCAGGCAUCGGAGGCAGCACAGGCGGUCAUGUCCAGGUUGGAGGGAGCACAGGGCAAAACGAAGCCAUCUGACAGUGGCACGACAACACCGACGCCAGCGGCAGAGCCAACCAUCGGGUUGGAUGACACUCGCAAGGAACUUGUGGCAGAGGAGAAAGUGCUUCUUUCUCGGACGGCUGAGUUCCUGGAGGUGCUGAUGCCUGAGCUCAAAGAAGUCUCGCUACUAAAGGGGGCGCAGAAGCAGCUGGACGACUUGUUCCUCAUUGUAGUGGUAGGGGAGUAUAACUCUGGCAAGUCGGCUGUCAUUAAUGCGCUUCUUGGAGACAGUUUUCUUGAGCAAGGCAUCCUCCCAACAACAAAUGAGAUCAGCAUUCUGAGGUACAGGGAGCAGAAACAGCAACAAAAGGAGCGAGAUUCAGAUGGCUGUGUGCUCCGCUACCUACCAGCGCCCCUCCUGCAGGUCGUGAAUGUGGUGGACACACCAGGCACAAACGUCAUCUUAGAACGCCAGCAGCGGUUGACAGAGGAGUAUGUGCCACGCGCAGAUAUGGUCCUGUUUGUGCUGUCAGCUGACAGGCCUUUCACAGAGAGCGAGGUGAAGUUUCUUCAAUAUAUACGGAAAUGGGGCAAGAAAGUGGUCUUUGUGGUCAACAAGGUUGACAUCCUAUCCUCAGGACGGGAGGUGGAUGAAGUGCAGAGAUUUGUUGGCGAGAACGCACGAAAGCUGCUCAGUUUAAGUGAGGUGUCAGUGUGGCCAGUCAGUGCCAAGAAGGCUCUGCGGGCAAAGAAAAAACAAGGAAACAGUGCUUUCGGCGGAUUGUUCAGGAACACGAAUGACAAUACCCUUCAGCAGGACCCAGAAUGGAAAACCAGUGGCUUUCCCAAACUUGAGGACUUCAUCACAGAAUUUUUCACAGGAGAGUCAGGUGCAGCCUCGACAGAGAGUGUGCGCUUGAAGUUGCAAACACCAGUGUUUGUUGCAGAUGCCCUACUCGACGCCUGCAGGCAGCAGCUGGAGAAUGAGCGUGCAGAGGCAGAGAAUGACUUGAAGGCUGUGUCUGCAGUGCGGGGGUAUAUGGACAACUUCCUCUCUGAGAUGAAGAAGGAUGGCGAGAUCCAGAGGAUCAAUAUCAAGAAGGCACUUGAUGCGGUGGUUGCCAGGGCUGAGGACUUUGUGGAUGACGCGCUGAAGCUGUCAAAUCUGACCAGUUUGCAAACAUAUUUGUCGAAAGGGAAGGAAAGCUCGUCGCAGGCUUCUUCACUCCUGCAGGGAUUUGGUACAGCUGUCAUGGGAACUGCUGUUGAUGAUGUGCAGCAGGUCAUGGCCAACCAUGGAGCAUGGCUUUCCCGAAACUGCGAAAAUCAGGUGGAGAACUAUCGUUCGUUUGCUGCACAAUGUGCUGGUCGGGUGGGUUUGAGUUUAGAUGACCUCACAGCCACAAAGCCAUCGACUGCCAGCAAGAUCCUUGAAGGUCAGCCUGCAACUGCCAGCGAAGCUCAAGUCGAAGCAGAUGCAGAGAUAAGCGAAGAGUCGAUUGCUGCAGUUGUGGAUGCCAUCAUGGAAACGCCAGAUGUGGGGGUUGAGCUUGCGGAAAGACUGAUGGAUGUUCAACUUCGGAACGCAGUGAGUGGCACAGCAGGCACGGCAGUGGCAGCUGUUGGGAUUGGCUUUGCACUGACAAUUCUGCUGCCGGACACUUCUUCUGACUUCCUGUCAAUUGCCCUCAGCCUGCUGCUGGGUUAUGUGGCUGUCCUGAACCUGCCGCUUCAGCGCGGAGAUGUCAAGGGCAGGGUACGUAGACUGGGCGCAGAACUUGGCAAGGAACUCAACCGCCGGCUACAAGGGGAACUGAUUGUAAGUUUAGAAGACUGUAAUUCUCGCGUACUGCAAAUGGUGGAGCCACUUGAAGUGGCUUUUGAGAAUGAGGUGGCACGUGUAGAGGUGGCAGAGUCACAACGGUCAGAUCUGUAUGAGGAGCUGGAGGGGAUGAAGAAGCGUAUUGCCAGCAUGGAGUGA